CUUUGUUCCAAGUGUGAAAGGGUUUGGAUUGACCAUAGUUUUGACUGGCCGUUGGCCGACUGAUCCUCCCCGCCUUAACAACGGAACCGGUCCACCGAUCAGUCGUUGUCAACCAAUGGAAUUAUGCCAAUUCACUUCCACUCUUUUUCUUCUUUCUUGGACAGCACGUUGUGAUUCACCGCCUCUUUCCCAACAGGGGGUUGCUGCUUUUUGAAAAACUAUCUAUCCAAAGUAAAUAGAUCACUGCUGCUCAGUACGUGUCAUCAAUCCGCGUAGGGUUCUAUUAGCUAGAUUUGGGUCUGGGUUUGGUGAAUGGUCUGAAGCGCCUGGGUUGGCAAGAGAGUGCUAUACAUGGUAAGAUCUUGUUCAAAGUCUGUGAAAUGGGCAUUAUGUUGUUGUCCCUCUCUGGAGUAGAAAACCUCAACUUUUGGUUUCUGGUAAUUGGGUUCUUAUGGAUGUUAAUCUUUUGGUUAUGAGGAUUUGAUUGGUUAUCUUUACCAAGAGUUUGAGAUUACCUUGAAGAAAUGCUUGUGUCUUCUCUUCUAACGUCUCUGGGAAUCAAUCUCGGCCUGUGUAUUUUAUUCUUUAUGUUGUAUUCUAUACUGAAGAAACAGCCAGGUAAUUUUGAAGUUUAUGCGCCACGCUUGCUGGCUGAAGGAAAGUCUAAAAAGAUAAGCCAUUUCAACCUAGAGAGGCUCUUACCUUCUCCUGGUUGGGUGAGAAGGGCAUGGCAGCCUUCAGAGGAGGAAUUAUUAUCAUCCUCAGGCUUGGAUACAGUGGUUUUUAUGCGCAUUUUCAUCUUUAGUUUCAGAGUAUUUCUGGUUGCUGGGAUUUUAGGGAUCUUUGUUCUUCUUCCAGUGAAUUGCGUGGGAGAUCAGCUUAAGUCCAUAGACUUUUCUGAUUUUUCAAAUAACUCGUUGGACUUAUUUACCAUUUCAAAUGUAAAGAAUGGCUCAAAAUGGUUAUGGCUUCACUUCUGCUCUGUAUAUAUUGUCACUGUAUGGGUCUGUUAUCUUCUUUACUAUGAAUAUAAAUAUAUUUCUUUGAAAAGGAUCGCUUACUUUUAUUCAUCCAAGCCACAGCCACAUCAGUUUACUAUCUUAGUUCACAGUAUCCCUGUUUCUGCUGGGAGCAGUGUUGGUGACACAGUUGAAAAUUUUUUUACCGAGUAUUAUCCUUCUACAUAUCUAUCAAAUGUGGUGGUUCGUCGAACAAACCGACUUCGGGGUCUUAUUAAUGAUGCAAAGAAAUUGUAUAAAAAACUUGAUCGCUUACAAUCAGAGCCUAAUCAACCAAAGCUUAAGCGAGGUUGCUGUUUUGGGCUGUUUGGCGAGAAGGUUGAUCUUGUGGAUCAAUAUGAAAAGAAGCUAGAAGGUCUAGAGGAGAAUGUAAGAUUGGAGCAGUCAGAGGUUUCAUUGGCAGGGGAAGAUGUUCGAGCUGCCUUUGUGUCCUUCAAGUCUCGUUAUGAUGCUGCAAUUGCUUUUCACUUGCAACAAUCAAUCAAUCCUACACAGUGGGUCGCAGAGCAAGCUCCAGAACCUCAUGAUGUUUACUGGCCUUUCUUUUCUUCAUCAUUCAUGCGACGAUGGAUUUCUAAACUGCUGGUCAUAGUUGCAUUUAUUCUUCUUACAAUUUUAUUUCUUAUUCCUGUUGUCAUUGUGCAAGGUCUUACCAACCUGAAUCAGUUGGAAACUUGGCUUCCCUUCUUGAAAAGCAUUUUAACCCUAACUAUUGUCAGUGAAGUAAUCACAGGAUACCUUCCCAGCUUGAUACUUCAGCUGUUCCUGAAAGCAGUGCCUCCAAUAAUGGAGUUCUUUUCUUCCAUUCAAGGAUACAUGGCCCUUAGUGACAUAGAAAAAAGUGCAUGCAACAAAGUACUUUGGUUCACAAUUUGGAAUGUUUUUUUUGCAAACGUGCUUUCUGGAUCAGCUUUAUAUCUAAUUAACAUCAUUCUUGAUCCUAAGAAUAUUCCAGCAAAGCUAGCUGUUGCUGUCCCUGCACAGGCAUCGUUUUUCAUUGCUUACGUCGUCACAUCAGGAUGGACGGGCGUUUCAUCGGAACUCUUUCGUGUAAUCCCUUUUAUUUGCAGCUUAAUAAGAAAACCUUUUGUGAAAAGUGAAGAUGAUGACAUUGAAGUUCCAUCUAUUCCCUACCACAAGGAAAUUCCAAAAAUCCUUUUCUUUGGUCUUCUUGGUAUAACAUAUUUCUUCCUGGCUCCACUGAUUCUGCCCUUCCUUUUGGUGUACCUAUGUCUUGGAUACAUCAUAUUCCGUAAUCAGUUCUUAAAUGUGUAUGCUCCCAAGUAUGAAACUGCAGGGAAGUUUUGGCCUAUUGUCCACAAUUCAAUGAUAUUUUCUUUGGUACUGAUGCAUGCCAUUGCAAUUGGAAUCUUUACAGUGAAGAAGCUCUCCAUAGCGUCAACUUUAAUAUUUCCACUUCCAGUCCUCACACUUCUCUUUAAUGAGUAUUGUCGGAAACGGUUCCUUCCCAUUUUUAUUGCUUACUCAGCUGAGAGUUUGAUAAAGAGGGACAGACAAGACCAGAAUGAGCCUUCAAUGGAUGAAUUUUUCCAUGAACUGGUUACUGCUUAUCAGGAUCCUGCUCUCGCACCAAUUCAAUACUCUUCAAAUAGGGACAGCCUUACCAGUCCCCUUAUCUCUUCUGAAGUUUGAGGCUGGGUAUUGGUCAGCAUUCCAUGAUGCUGAGGUGACUUAAAACAGUUGGUGUGCAUUAUGUUGUGAUGCUUGGAUUUUCUUUUUGAGCAAGUGCCUAAAGGAAAGCACUUCCCUCAUUGUGUUGGGGGUCAUCUUAUCCAAUUUUUGUAGAUUGAGCAUAGGCAUGCAAAGCAACCAUCUACUGUUGAUGAUGAGCUGUGUUCCAUCCAGAUUGAAAUGUGGACUGUCAUGAACUAUUGAUGAAUGCAUAUGUGGUAUCUCAACUCAUCACUUUCUCUCUUCUCUUCUAUGCUUCAUCAAAAGUUGGCAAAUGUACCAACUGUUUGCAAUGUAAAUGAGUCACUAAAAGUUCACUGUUUGCAAUAUGAAUGGGUGGAUAAAGGUUGUUGACUAAUAACAUAGGAAAUAGGAAUAUAACUUUUAUCUCCAUUUCUAUUA